CAGACGCGGCUCCAGACCCCCGCGCGCUCCGGCUCCAGCUGAGCGCAGCCCCGAACUGCCCGGGCUCCGGCCAGCGACGGCUGCGGGGGGACCUGCUGCUGCUCCUGCUCCGAGCCGCCCGCAGCCGGUGGGACAGCGACACCGCCCAGACCCCCGCAAGUUCUGUCCCCUCCUUGCCGCGCGCACUCAGCCCGUGUGAUUGCUCGGACUUGCUUUCCUGCUGGACGCUGGUCGGGGGGAAGAUCCAGCCAAUCGCUUCCACCUGGACAAGCCCCCUUAGCUGGACCCUCUGAUUAACAUGUCCGACCCUUCCCCGCCUGCCCUCUCCGCACAGGUAAGAUGAACUUUAUUUCGGAGCCUUGAACAGUAACUAGGAACUCUUCGCAGGCCUGCAGAACCCGCGCUGGGCGUGGAGCCCAGGGGAAAAGCAUCUGGCCCCCCGCAAGCCGGCUGGAAAUGAAGUAGACUUCGACACGGGGAGGGAGGAUCAGCGGCUUGCUGCUUAUAAAAGACCCAAACAAAACAAAGGACCGAGACGCUGCCCGUCCCUCCCCCCGCCGCUGCUUCUGUCGCUCUAGUAAACAGAAGUCAUGGGAGCUAGAGGCGGCUGCUGCUGCUGAUUGAAUUAAGCUUUGCCACUAGCUCCGCUGGCAGGAGGCUACAGACCUGCCAGGUGCAGCAGCCGGCCCCGGAGUUUCUGGGUGACUCCUAGCAGGGAGCGCGGGCAGCUGGGUUUGAUGUUUAACCUGGAGAACCCGUUCACGGAGAGGGGGCGCUUCUUCUCUUCCAUGGAGUACCAGCACCAGCUGGAAGAGGAGGGUUACCCGCCUCCUGGCAGCAACGGGAGCCUGAAUGAGAGUGAGGCCGGGCCGAGAGGAGGUACCCCUUACCCUCUCCACACCACUCUCACCCUCAUCAGCCUGGCCGGGCUGCUCAUGCUCUUCACCAUCUUCGGCAACGUGCUGGUCAUCAUUGCCGUCUUCACCAGCCGUGGGCUCAAGGCUCCCCAGAACCUCUUCCUGGUCUCCCUGGCCUCAGCUGACAUCCUGGUGGCCACGCUGGUCAUCCCUUUCUCACUGGCCAACGAGGUGAUGGGCUACUGGUACUUUGGCAAGGUCUGGUGCGAGAUCUACCUGGCCUUGGACGUGCUAUUCUGCACCUCCUCCAUCGUGCACCUGUGCGCCAUCAGCCUGGACCGCUACUGGUCCAUCACCCAGGCCAUCGAGUAUAACCUCAAGCGCACACCGCGCCGCAUCAAGUGCAUCAUCUUCAUCGUCUGGGUCAUCUCGGCCGUCAUCUCAUUCCCGCCCCUCAUCUCCAUUGAGAAGAAGAACGGGCAGCAGGCUGACCAGCGGGCCGCUGGGUGCAAGAUCAACAAUGAGAAGUGGUACAUCAUCUCCUCCUGCAUCGGCUCCUUCUUCGCCCCCUGCCUCAUCAUGAUCCUGGUCUAUAUACGUAUCUAUCAGAUUGCCAAGAGGAGAACCAGGGUGCCCCCCGGCAAGAGAGGAGAACACCCCAAUAAGAGGCAAAAUGGCUUGGCAGACAAGGAGGAGCUGCCAGCAGCAGCCAAGCUCAAUGGGGAGAAGGUGACGGAGGGAGGAGGAGGGGAAGGAGGGCAGGAGAGGGAGCUAAAUGGCAUAGACAUGGAGGAGACUUCCUCCUCGGACCACAAUGAGAACCACCAGUGCAGGAAGCAGGGGAGGCCCCAGAGAUGCAAGGGCAAGACCAAACUGAGCCAGAUCAAGCCUGGGGACAGCUUGCCCAGGAGGAUGGAGGAGGAGAGGAAUGCCAAAGCGUCCCGGUGGCGGGGCAGGCAGAACCGGGAGAAGCGCUUUACCUUUGUGCUGGCAGUGGUGAUCGGGGUCUUUGUCGUAUGCUGGUUUCCCUUUUUCUUCACCUACACACUCACCGCGGUCUGCAAGAGCUGCUCCGUGCCGGACACCCUCUUCAAGUUCUUCUUCUGGUUCGGUUACUGCAACAGCUCUCUGAACCCUGUCAUCUACACCAUCUUCAACCAGGACUUCAGGAGGGCCUUCAAAAAGAUCCUCUGCAGAAUAGACAGGAAAAGGAUUGUUUGAUGAGCAGACCCUUCUCUGUCAGCCUGACUGGUGACUAAAGGCUCUCCCAUGUGAGGGUGAUGCACACCUGCCUUGGGCUGGAUUUGCAAGUGAAUAUUUUCCUCUGACGUGCUGGUGGGACCCCUUUAAAAACUGAGAUGAAACUAUUAAAACACCAAGCAACAACAACAACAAAGCAAGCAAGUGGAACACACAGCCUCAGCAUUUGGGUUUGCGAGUGGAUCAUUUCUGGCUUUGGAUGGGUUCAUGACUUAUAAGCUUAACUCUUUAAAAACUUAAAUGAAAUUCAGAAAUCAACAACAAAGAGAAAAUAUACAGGCCCACAUAAGCUAUUUUUUUUGGAUGUGUAAUUAACUUUAAACUCCUUGUAAAAAUACAGUAUUCCAUCCCUGAGAUCUCUGUCUUAAUUUUUGUAAGGCAGUCAGCUUUGAAACUAAAGAAUGCUUUAAAUAGUCUUGACAACUUGAAGCAUAAAAACAAUUGGAGCCAUCUCAUCAACCCUGCGGUUUGAUAGUAUUACCAAGAUUUCCAAUGUGCUAUUGGGUUUUGGCCGUAAAGCUUGUAAGUGCAGACCUGACCACAUUGGAGGAUUUUUUUAAUGUAUGUGAUUCUGUUUCCUUGUUUGCUCCCUAUUAUUUAGUACUGCUGAAAAGGUAACAUUCCUAACUGGGGAAAAAAAGAACCCAAACAGUUUCACAAUGCAAUCAGAAAUGAUCCAAAAGAUUGAGAACAAUGAGCUCAUUUUGCUUGCAAUGUGAUGCUCGAGAGCAAUCAAGUUCUUAAAGAGUUAAUAGAAAGUAAUAUCCCCUUACCUUACAGCGCGGAAAUCUGUUCAAUGCUAACUUGUUUUCCCCACUCCUGAUUGUAAAUAGAUAACAUUUUUUUAAAGUAAAUAUCAGGGUUACAUAUAUCAUGUUAUCUGAUUUGUAUUGAUUUUUGACAUUUUAAUUCCUGUUGGGUUUCCUGCACAAGAAACCGGGUAACAUGCACAAAAGCAAUUCUGCCUUUUUGAGUAACCUGAUAAGAUUUAAAUUUUAAAUUUUCUAGUUUCAUCUUCAGUGGAGACUGGUGAACUGUCCAUUUUUUAUCUGAAUCUUAUACAGGACAACCCUUUAAAAUGGGAAAUACAGUUUCUUCUAUAUUUUAUGGUGUAAUUAUCCUUUUUUUAAAAAAAAAAGUGUAAAUAUCAUUAUAUUGGAAUGGGAAAGAAAGAGUUAAUAUUAAAAUACCACCUUUUCAGAAGUAUCUAUUAUAAACAACAAAUCUAACAUCCUCGUGCCAUGAGGAAAACUUCCUGAAGAAUAUUAAAAAGGAAAAACUUCUUUGCCAUUCACAAUAAACUAUGGGGAAACCUUUUAACAUUAUAACAACAGCUUCGUUUAAAUACUGACAGGUCACAGAAAUGAUGUGGAAUACGAAACGUUUGUUUAAAUCACCCCAUUGUAAACUGAAUUUGACUGGACAGCAGCUGUCAAAUGUACUGUAGCAGAUUUAAAGGAGAAAGAGAGCUUUUUAUUUCCAAGAGUGUUUUAUUCCUUUUACUCUUUUUGAUGUAUUUAACUCCAAAGGUCCCAUGGCAAAUUAUGGGAGUUGGACACCAAUGUUUACAUCCACAUAAGUUUUCAAAGCUGAAUCCUUGAGAGGUGAGAAAAAAAGCAAGAUUUCCUUUACCUUUAAAAAUAAAAAGUUGGCAGCAGUUGCUAAAAUGGAUUUUUAUUAAAUAAAAAAGUUUACAGAUCACAUGUGAAAUAAACUUGAAUGAAUAUUCUGUUAUCAGUACUUUCAACAGUUCACAAGUUUCAAAACUCUACAUCAGCUGCAGGCUUAGGCUCCGUAAAUGGUGUCAUCAGAAGAGUCACUUGUGUUUUCCAAAAGGCAUUGCUAUACCUAAUGCUAAACAAUGGUUUAGUUCAUUGUGCAGUGACAUAAUGAGUCCUUGAUACGCUGCUUUCUUUUCUCAUGCCGCAGUAAGAGCAUUCAUGUGCUUCUUAAAGAACUGGAUUUAGGGUUACACGAUGAGAUUUAGCUUAUCAAUACCUUUUCCCCUCUCAGUAGAAAUAGCUGUGUGGUGCAGUAUUUACACACAGCCAGGAUGCUAAAUAAUUAGGUCAUAAACACAACUAGAAAUGAUAAGAGCAGGGGAGAUUAUAACUGGUGGGUUUAGCUGAAUUGCAUUUCAUGUUUAUAAAAAAGACAACUCUUCCCAAAGAGAUUUUGUUUGUUUCAAGUCUCUUGGGAGCAGGCUGAUGUGCAUAUAAAAGUGACUCUGGUAAACCUUGACCUUUUCCCAGAGUCAAGAAAAAAAUGAAAGAACAUCUUUCCCUGGUUUAACAUGAUAAGUUAUUAUCUGUAACACUCAGAGAACUCAAUCAGAAUUAAGCAUUGUCAUUUACGUUUGUACAGGACCUUGCACAAUCUCUGCCCCAAAGUGAUUGCUGUCUUAAGGCACCAAUAUGGCAAAAAUUUACGCAUGUACUUUGCUUUGCUCACACGGAGUCAAUGGGGCUACUCACCUGCUUAUAGUUAAAUAUGUGCAUGAGUGUUUGCACCAUCAGGGGUCCUCAAAAUUGCCAAUUUGAAAAGUGGCUACUGAUUUCAGCUGUCUGUUUUUGGGUGCUCAACCCGAGCCUUCUGAAAGGAGCCUGGUUUUCAGAGGUGUUGAACAGCUACAGUUUCCAUUGCUGUCAGCUGGAGUUUGGGUGCAGCACGCUUCUGAAAGCCAGGACCUCAGUAUAGGA